AUGGCGUCGGAUCAGCUCGAUGAGCUCAUGGGGGUACUGGGGAGGAUGCGCGACGCCGCAGACAGGCUGGCGUCAUCCUCCGGCGACGACGACGCCUUCCGCGAGGCGGCCACCGACGCGUCCUUGCUGUUCCUGGAACUGAAGGCGACCAACCGAGCGGCGCUGGAAGGGGUGGAGGCGACGCGCGCGACGACCGCGAAGGCCAAGCUGGACCUCGAUCACAAGCGUCUCGAGCUACAGAACGUGCUGUACGAGAAGGGCCACAUCCAGAAGGAGAUCAGGGCGUGCCAGGACUUUAGGAGCGCGUACGACGACGAGACGAUCGGUCUGUGCUCGGUGGCUGAAUUCAAGCGACAGGCGCCCGGGGAGUGGAAGGAGGCGGGCGACGAUCCGCACGCGGUGAUGCUGAAGAGGCUGUCGCACGAGCUGGCGGAGCGGAAGAAGUUGUGCGAGCUCGAGAAGGAGCUCGAGGCUCGCAAGCGGACGUUGCAGGACGGCAUCAAGUCGCGGCGUAAGUUCUUGGACGGCCUGGGCAACCAGCUCAAGGGACUGAAGAGAAGCACGGCACCGCUGCAGGAGCACUUGGCGCUGCCAAUCACCGUAGAAGAGAAGAGGAAAGGAGCCGCUCGGCUGCUGCCCCCGCCGCUGUACGUGACCUACACGCAGCUGGCGGCGGCGCGGGAGGCGUUCGACGACGAUUUCGAGGUUCACAUCGAAGGGUCGGUGGCGGACGCCGAGGCUCUGCAGAGGAAAGCCGCAGCAGCCGAGGAGGAGGAGGCGCGACGGAGGGAGGAGGGCGCCGCGGCCGAAACCGUCGCCGAGGCGGAGCACAAGGCGGCUGGCGCGUUCGCCGGAGACGAGGAGGAGACGAGGAAGAGCAAGCGCGCGAGGGUGUCGGAGAAUGAACGCGCGGUGGACGAGAGCGACCCGUACGCGGCGCACCCCCUGCGGGUGGAGCUUCGGCUGGACGGGGCGUCGUUUACGUUUGCCUACCUCCACAACCUGCACGUCGUCACCGCGGACGUGAAACCGCGCGAAGUGGGGGCCCCGGGCGCGAACAAGGGGAACAGGAGGGGCAAGGGGGGCGGCGACGAGACCGUCGACGACGACCUCCUCGUCAACCUUUUCCCGGGAGACACCGGCGCGGACACGCCCAACAUCGCCAACAAGCUCCGGGUCGCCGGGUUUGAGUACGACCGCUCCAGACGGGACAGACCGUAUCGGUGGGCGCAACACCUCGCGGGUCUGGACUUCCUCGCGCCCGUGCCCGUGGGACGGGCGCCUGGCGCGGAUGCCGAGACUGGCGUGGCGAAGCACCAGCAGCAGGCGCGCGUGAGGAACGUGUUGGCGGCGCUGCGGGCCCGGAUGGCGUCCCGAUCUGCGCUCAACGACUCGACGAUCGUGCACGCGCAUCCAUCGUGGGUGUUCACCUCCGCUGACCAAAACACCACCCAUCCAAUCGCGAGCAGGAGUCAGCUCAGGGCGCUCGCCAGGUGCGACAUCGACGGUCUCGCGGUUGCCAAGAGGCUCGAGAUGCACCCGAAGAGCCAGCUUCGGUCGUGGCGCGAGAUCACCCCGCAGUCAGGAGGCACGGUCGCGACCGGCGACGACGGACCGGCGGGCGACAACGCCGGCGAGGAUGCCCGGUACCGCGAGGAGACGGAUGCCGGAACCAAAUUGGACGAACCAAGUUGGACUCGCGACGACGUCCAAGCGCGAGUCGACGCCUCCGAAGGUUGGCGCGAACACGGCGUGCGAACGUACCGCGCGGUGGUUCGCGCGGCGCGUCAGUCCGGCGGCGCCAAACACAGGACGGUGCCCGUGGACGUCGUGGCGGAGGUGUCGGUCUCACCCGAGUACCCUCAGCGACCGCCAACCUUCGCCCUUUCCUUGGAGCGAAGGGUCCCGCCCAAGCCGCUCCCCGCGUCGGACUUGGACUCCAAAGACGACGCCGUCGCCGCAUCGAAGGACGAAGACGCCACACCAGGUGACGCGUCGAACGACCUGAGGCUGAUUGAGGAGGAGGUCAACGUGCGGACGACGGCGCUGCUCCCCCCCGGCGGCGAGGACGACAUACUCGGGUACUGUGUGGUUCGUUUGUUACAGGCUGUGGACGCGUGCGCCGAGUGCGAGAGGUGGGGCGGCGCGUCGGACGAGGCUGUGGGCGUGAGGCAGAUGCGACGGGGAAGGGAGCGACGCAAGGAGCUGCCGCCCCUGCUGUGAAAGUGGUCUUUUGUAGUCGAUUGUAUUAUGAGAACAAACUGAAUGGUC